AUGGAUCAUAAUGAUAGAGAGAAUCCAACGAAUAACUAUUCUGUUAUAGAUGUGUUAUUGGGAAAUAAAAGUCGUAGUACAUGUGAUUUUGUUAAUGAUUUAUUAAGUAUACAAUCCUCAACAAAUACGAUUGUAAAUGAAACGUCUUUUGAUUGUAUCGUAGCAAUGUAUAUUAUUUAUGGCUAUAGUGUAGUUUUGCCACCUGGAGAAUCGAAUAUAACCUACGAAGUGCAUGAUAAAAUAAAUUUGUUAAUUGUCAAAAGCAAAGUUUUUUCUUUCCAUGAAAUUUUGGGAUCAAAUAGUGAAGAUAAGUUGAAUAGUGUAUCUACUGCAAAACUUUCCGUAAACAAUGAUAUUUUAAACACGGAAUCCUUAAUUGUAAAUUUAAAGUAUAAUUUAGAAAUUUUAAUCCCCGACAUAGUUUUGAUUAUAGAAUUUUCUAUUACCAUUGGUUGUAAUAAAGCAUCAUUUUUUGCAUGUUUACAAAAAAAUAACAAAUAUAUUUUUUGGGGUUUCAAUCCUCAAGAUAUAAGGGUAGAAAAUAAUAAUAUGGAUUUGAUAACAUUAGAUUCUUCAAAUUUAAAGGAUUUUUUUGAUCUUACAGUGACAAAGUAUAUUAAUCAUGAGGGAACUAUAACUAGCUUAAACGAACUUUCCACUCAUCUUGUUUCUUACCUCUCAGAAUACGCAAAUUUUAAUACGAAUACAGAAGACUUUUACGAAAUAUUAAAAAACCUUUACAAUUAUAUUAAGGCAAAUGUUAAUUCAAUAAGUCAGUUGUUUUUAAAAAAUGUAAAUAAAAUAACAGCCAGUAAGGUCGCAAACAUUCGUAAAUUAAAUGGUUUAUGUGUUGACAAAUGUUAUUUGGAUGCUACAAGUGUAAAAAGUAUUUUAUCACAUUCUUAUUUGGAUGAUGCAAUAAUCGAUUUUUUCAAUGAAUUCACGCAAAAAUAUAUAUUGAAAAGGUAUCAAAGAAAAAAUUGGGUAAUAUUAAACACUUUUUUUCUAAGAAAAAUUUUGCAAUACGAAGACUCUAAGGAAGCAUACAAAAACACUUGGAGGUGGACCAAAAAAUUUAAGCGUUCACUAUCAUUACAUGAUUUUAUUUUCAUACCAAUGAAUCAACAUGGUGUCCACUGGUCUCUUAUAAUCAUCGCAUAUCCUAAGUUUGCAAUAAGAAACAAAAACAAACGCUAUGAUAAAAAAGCAUCAAUCAUAUAUUUGGAUUCUCUGGGUAUAUCAAAACUGGAUGAAAAUAUAUCGGAAAUGUUGAAAAAUUACCUUCGUCAUGUAAGUAGAAUUAUAUGUACAUAUUUUCAUGAUCAGGAAUUUGAGAAUAAGUGUAAAGAGUUGCGUAGAAACGGUUUUGAGUUUAUAUGCAAUGAUACAGCAUGGGAAAGUGUAUGUAGUUCUAGGUAUACACCAUUGCAACAAAAUGGGCAUGAUUGUGGUGUUUACGUUAUAGAAUAUAUAAACCACCUGAUAGUACACCCGUCUACCUUCAAACAACUCAUUCCCAAGUACAUUGAAGAUGAUUCGUGGACAGGAAACUUGUGUUGUAAAAAAUGGUUCACACAAGGUCAAAUAAAUCAUAGAAGAGGAAAUAUGAAAGAAAUGCUGGUGUUCAUGAAGAACAAUCCAGAAUGGUCAUUCAAUGUUGAUUCUAUAGAGUUCCUUAUGAAUAAAAUGUUGCAAAAUGCUUAA